AUUUCGACAGCUAACACACUUUGGAAGAAUAUCAAGUGCUCGACUUGUAAAGUUUAGAAUGACUCCGAAUAACUUUUACUGAGUGUCGUCGAGAUUUUCAGAUUUCUCCCGGCGUGGAAAAAAAGUUUGGGAUUGGCUCACGUUUAUUUUUUAACUUCCGAAGCCUAACUUUUUUGGGACAUAAAGUUCGAAGACUGUUUUGGGACAAUGGAUCCGAGCCAGCACAACCCUCCUGCCGGACACCAAAUCGUCCAUGUACGGGGCGACUCUGAGACUGACCUAGAGGCGCUUUUUAACGCUGUGAUGAACCCGAAAGUCAAUACCGUGCCCCACUCUGUGCCCAUGAGGAUGAGGAAACUGCCAGACUCCUUCUUCAAACCCCCAGAACCAAAGUCUCAUUCCAGACAAGCCAGCACCGAUGCUGGGAGUGGCGGAGUCCUCAUCCCUCACCAUGUCCGUGCACACUCAUCCCCUGCUUCCUUGCAGUUAGGAGCUGUUUCUGGUGGCUCACUGUCUGGCAUGGGCUCAACAGGGGCCUCUCCUCAACAUCUUCGUCAGUCUUCUUAUGAGAUUCCUGAUGACUUGCCCCUACCAGAUGGGUGGGAGAUGGCCAAGACUGCCUCUGGCCAGAGAUACUUCCUCAAUCAUUUGAUAAAAACAAAUACUUGGAGAACGUCAACAAAGUCUGCCUUGCUCCAGAUGAACCAGCCUGCCCCUCCCAGUUCUGUGCCAGUCCAGCCGCAACCUAUCAUGAACCCAGCCAGUGGACCCCUCCCUGAUGGCUGGGAACAGGCUAUUACAGCAGAGGGAGAAAUUUACUACAUCAAUCACAAGAACAAGACCACAUCCUGGCUGGACCCACGACUUGAGCCACGUUAUGCUCUGAACCAGCAGAGAAUUUCCCAGAGUGCUCCAGUGAAACAGGCCGGGCAGCUGCCUCCCAGCAUCAGUGGAGUUAUGGGAAGCAACAACCAGAUGAGACUUCAGAUGGAGAAGGAAAGACUGAGACAGAAGCAACAGGAGCUGCUUCGGCAGAGACCACAGGAGCUGGCUCUAAGGAACCAGCUGCCUACCAGUAUGGAUCAAGAUGGCAGCACAAACCCUGUGUCCUCCCCUAUGGCUCAAGAUGCCCGGACCAUGACGGCCAACAGCUCUGAUCCAUUCCUCAACAGCGGGACCUACCACUCCAGGGAUGAGAGCACAGACAGCGGCUUGAGUAUGAGCAGCUACAGUGUCCCUCGCACUCCAGAUGACUUCCUGAACAGUGUGGAUGAGAUGGAUACAGGGGACCCACUUGCACCCUCCAUGGCAACACAGCCCAGUCGUUUCCCUGACUACCUGGAUACCAUUCCUGGAACAGACGUAGAUCUGGGCACCCUGGAGGGGGAGAGCAUGGCGGUGGAAGGUGAGGAGCUGAUGCCCAGCCUGCAGGAGGCGCUGAGCUCAGACAUCCUCAAUGACAUGGAGUCUGUGCUGGCAGCUACCAAGCUCGACAAGGAGAGUUUCCUCACAUGGUUAUAGAAAAGCCGAGCUGGCCACUCCUUCCUCGCUCCCCUACCUACACUCUGAACUUCUGCCUGCUCUAAUCUGUGAAGGAAUCAUAGAUGAUUUUAUCAGACAUUUCAGCAAGCCUCUCGGGACUUCUGUGUCUGUGUCAGCAUGUAAGGCCAACCUCUUUUUUUUUUUUUUUUCCUGGCAGUAUUGUUCUGUUCUCUUCACUGGUUGUGUUAUCUCUGUAUUUUGUCUGUGUCUUCAAGGCUGGCCUAUGAACAGACAAUUAUGCAAGGGUCCCCAAAUCUUUCACAGGCCUGUCAGUGAAUCUAGGGCAUAUUUACCCACUGGGCAGGUGCUUCCACUCUUCUGCCCCGAUCAGUUAUCCCCUGGAGUCUCUGGAGCCUCUUUCUUGCAAAAUAGCGUGACGCAUCACUACUUAACUGUAUUUGGGACUUUUGCAUCUAGCUAGUAGCUUUAUAUUUGGCCUCAUGUUUUUAUUCUUUUUGUUGUUGUUGUUUUGUUUUGUUUUUUUCAACAAGCCUGAAAAACCAAAAAUGAUGUAUUUGGAGCAUAAAGAACAAUACUGAUUUGGAGUAAAGGUAACGUGAGGCCCAUGUUGCUUGGGGUGGGGGUGGGAGGGGUUCGAACCUGCGGAUUGACUGCACCGCUGCUUGGCUGUGCCAGCAAGUCUAAGUUAAACCUUUGAUAGAUCAAGUGCCUUCAGUUGUAUUUUUUUGUUUUUUUUGAGACGCGAGCGACACGAAUAAAUACCCACAUUUCUAUAAUUCAGCGACAAGCACACUGCUGUUCCGAUGAACGGCAGCCAUACUUCCCUCUAAUGUUCAAUGAUCAAAAUUGUAUGUUUGGGCUUUUAUUUUGUUCUUUUUAAACAGGAGAGGGUGGUUUCAAACGCCUAGCUUCUUGCUAUCUCAGUUGUAUCCCAGCCCGAUUCACAAUCCAUUCGUCGUUUUAUCUUUUUUAGUGUUCUAUUUUUAGAUAACUAUAUAUGUAUGAUAGUUUAGAUCAAAUGGCAUUUUACUUUUUUUUUUUUUCCUUCUUUCAUACAUGGAUUGAAUCAUUUUAUUUUAUUUUUUUUAGACGGGGUCGUCUGUUAUAUCGCAGCACGUCACUUCAAUGAGAUCAAACCAGCCAGGAACUUAAUCUUGGUGGUCUGAUUCUGUUUGGACUCUUUUUAAACCCAUUUAUCUGAUUCUCUCGUCUCUGCUUUACUGUAUCCACUUUAAUGUUAUUGUAUUUUUGAUAUUCACAUGCAGCUUUUUUUUUUCACUGUCUUUCCUGAACAUUAACCAAAAAGGCAGGUCUCUUGGCUCAGAACAAAGUAUAGCUCUUUGAUCAAUGAAACCUUAUGACCACAUACAGUAUACAACAGUUACAAUGUUGGAACCCCCCCUGCCCCUCCUGUCUAUGCGACGCUGUGUUGAGUGUUUUAAAUGAAAGGUUUAUAGACUGCAGCCAGGACAAGUUUUAGCAGGUUUAAGAGUCAUGUCAAGGGGUAGAGUAGAGGAUCAGUGUGUGACUGAUGGUGGUGAGUUUUUCCUUUUGCCUGUUUUUUUUU